AUGUACGCUUUGGCUGCAAAUGUGGUGUUCGGCGUCUCAAGCGCUGUGGGAGGAGAACUAUCGGGUCCCAGUUGGGGAUGCGGAUUUUCUGUCUUCGUGUUACAGAUAUCUCUCGAGUUCGCAAGCUGCAUGCUGUUUGUGAUAGCUCUUAAUCUCCAACUUGUAGUCGUACAUGGUUAUAAUGGCCAGACGAUGGAAAAGUAUUAUAUUAUUGGAUCUGUGUUCGUCUCAAUCUGUCUCGCAGUACCACCAUACGCCAAUGGACAGUACGGAUGGGACCCUCUCGAGCGCGACUGCUGGUAUACGAGUGACAAUCAGGGAGAGCGGCUUGCAUGGCAGCUCGGAACUCAGAUGGUAUGGACUGGACUGACAGUGGUCGGAGCGAUUAUUUCUUCGUCAUGGGUGAUGAUUUUCAUGAUACGACACCAUCUUUACCAGAAACGUAUCUUGACGAUGAGUGAGAUAUCUAACGGUGUACAAGGUUUCUCUGUCGAGUCUCAAGUACUCCAUGCGAAUAAUUACAAGAGAAUCAUCGCACGUAUCGCGCUCUACCCUAUCACCGCAUGCAUUGUGAACGCCAUGAGUAUUCUGGCAGCCUUGAACGCGACCAUCAACGUAGGCAUAUUAAGCAGGAAGGACUACAACAUUCUCUUACUUGGUGACAUCCUUUACGGUGGUCGCGCUGUCUUAUAUGCUCUCUUAGCCGCCACAGAUCCUGCGCUCGUCCGUGGACUCAAAUCUCUUAUGUCGUGCAUAUGGCCCACUCUCUCCCACCACAUUAACACUACCCUCAGUACCCACUCCGAGCUCGUCUUCGCGAAACGUGAUAUGGAGCGCAGCCCAACUCCGAGCAAUACAAAUCCUGUCGUUGUCACGAUUGAACUCUCGACUGUUCAAACCCCAGACUUCAGUGGAACUCAUACAAGCGGUGACUAUUUAACUGCGAAGAGGAAGGACGGAGAUAAUAUGGCGGAUACGAAGAGCCGUAGUGAUGGAGUAUUCGAGAGGACUGAGCUACAGGAGCCUCCCUUUGGCGAUACAACGACAGGCCUCCACAACUGCGACGUUGAGCUAGACAUACUCGCAAACUCCCACUCGCAUCCUCUCGAUGACGGCGCGCUUCCGUCCCGACCAGAGAGUGCACUUUCUGUCAGCACCCUCAGGCCUUUUUCGCGAUGGCGGACUAGCAGCGCUGCGGAUGUGAACGAGACCGGUGGUGUACUACACCCGGUUGGAACGGAAGGGAGAGAGAGGCGAAGUCAGAACCGCUCUCGCGAGGAAAUAGACAGAUCGUCAGGAGAUUUAAUGUUUCAGAGAUGGGAUACAAUGAGGCGAGAACAGCAGAAUUCUUUCAGCCGACAGUUAUGA